UUCGAGGCGCGCUGAUUGGCUGCGGCGUCGCAGGCGCCCAAGUUUGAACCGGGGAGGCGGCGGAGCGGAGCUCGCGGGGAACCGGCGGAGGAGAAAGAGGCAGAGCUCAUCUCCUUGCCAUGCCUCAGAAGAAGAAAAACUCGAGGGCCGGCAACAAGAACUCGGUCAGAAGCAAAAAGGUGGAUGCGUUUCUCAAGGAUUUCAACCGGGAAGUCAAGUUGCGCAUCGACCGCAUCCGGAUGGAAGAAGAGGUUCUCCUGAAGGAAAUCGACAACAUGUACGACAUGGAAAUCUUCCGCCAUCCCAUGGCCCUGAGGGACAUAAACUGGCUCAGCUUCUACGGUGUCGGAGGAUGCGAGCAAGUCCUGGAGAAGGCCGUCUCGGUGGACUUGGACAUGCUGGAGAUCACCAAACUGGCCUCUGAAGCUAUUCAGACCCCUCUCAAAACGGCCAGGAAAGCCAAGAGAGCCCGCCAGGCAGCAGAGACCAUCAGCGAGGAGUCGGGGCCGUCUUCUCCUCUGCCUGCGGGCAAGAGGUCCAGGCAGCAAAGCGAGGAUCCUGCGGCCCCCCAGCCGGGAAGUGAGGCUCUUCCACAGAAAGCAGGGAAGGCAAAGGCGUCGGCCCGGAAGCCCAGGCCUCCGUCGGCCAGGUCUACUCGCUUCAGCAGAAGGGGAAGCAAAGUGAAGUUUACCACCCCGGCUGGACAGACAAUCCAACAGGGCCUGACUGUGGCACCCACUCCCAAGUUUGACCCCAGCAUCUUCAAGACGCCCGGCCUGCGGACCCCGGCAGCGCACGAGCGCGUCUUCAGCGUGUCCGCCAACGGGAGCCCCCUUGCCGACAGCAGCGAUGUCAUCAUCACGCUUCCCUCUGGCCGAGGGGAGAGCGUCUGCAUCCGAGCCAGCGAACUCUCCACCACGGACCUGCGGCGCUUGGACUCGGAGGUGCUGGGGAGGGUGAAGAAAUUAUCGACUCACCUUGCGCAGCUCUGCAGCAGCGUGCAGAAGAAGUAGCGUGACUGGGAAGCUGGAGCUCUGGGCUUGCUGGCGACGCCGCUCUAAAAGACACCGAGAAUUUGAGUCUUCUGCCGCUUCCUAUUUAAAAAGGGGGGGGGGUUUCAAAUCCAGCCCAUAGUCCCCAUCUCAGCCAAAGUUUUAUCAGCAUUUGAAGUCUUCCCCCCCAAGUGAAGCCCCCUCGUCUCUCUUUCUGCUCUUGCAAGACGCAGGUCUUUUGACUGGAUGGGCAGAGGAGGUGCAGGGCUGCUUCCUCCUCCAGCUACUGGCUGCUUCCAUGGGGGGUGCGCCUCUCUGGGGCCUCUCUCCCCUACGGAUGGGGGAUCAAAGUCCCUCUUGCCACCCCCGCCAAGGCUCCUCUCAGUCUCCGGUUUCUGGUGCCUCUUCCAAAGGCAGCCUGGCCAGAGUCCUUAAUCUUCUGCCGCUGCCGGUCCUUCGUUUUCCUAUUUGGGGCCAGGGGGUCCCCAGGCAGAGGCCGUCCUCAUUUCCCUGGGGGGAGGGGCUGGACAGGAGCCUCCCAGGAUAAAGAACAGGAUUCUCAUUCUGUCUUUCUACACGGUUAUAUUGUUCGCAGCUCAAGGGAAAGCACGUUUUGGAACGUUUCUGUCCUUUUGCAGGCUCCUGCUGAAUCCCUCUGAACUCUGCCCCCUCCCCUUUUUGCUUUUCUGUUUUGGUGUAUAGAAAUAUUUGAUUUGUAUGGGGUUUUUUCCACCAGGUCUUAGCUACUAUGUUAAUUUAAAUACCGUGUCUGGUGUUUAUUGGCUGAAUAAAGUUGUCCUGUUUUUGUUCUUA